AUCUUUCCACAGUGCUGCUCCCCGCCUCCCUCCCUGCAUCACCGCUCUGUAGUAGUGCUGAGCUGCUCGCACCUGCACAGCAAACAGUGCCAGUGCGUGAGUCCUCCGGGGGUUGCCAGUUCCACCUCUCCCCUGCAGGAAGUCCACAUAUCUACGUGUCAAGUCAGUGAGUCACAGUCAGUGGUUUGGAGAGCGGUGAUGAAUGACGGUGCUGACUGCAGAACCGGACCUGGGCCCUAACCUGAGGAGUGAUAGUAGAGAGAGACGGGAAGAGCCAUACACUGAGGGCGAGAGUGCAGGAGAGAGAGAGAGGUAGAGAGGUAGAGGUAGAGAGAGAGAGCCCGCGAGGAAGGGAAAGAGAGAGAGAGAGAGAGAGAGACCGUGCUUACUUUGUAGUUGCCGAGAGCCGCGCGUGACAGUUUGCAGAUGCCGACAGAUGUGCCCGAAGACAGGCUCAACAACGAGGAGAAAGCGACCAAGUGUGACAGUAUGACUCUGUCCAGCACCCCGGCUGUUCGCAGAGGAAGCACUCCUCUGCCAAUUAAGCACCAGCUCAGACGAGAAGAAGCUGUCCAUGAUGACUGCGAUUGGGCAUCAGGUGCAGCUGGACCUUCUGCUUCACCAAUCAGCUUCAGCCCAGCCUUGGAUGACACUCUGACUGUGUCUGUGGAGGGCGGCAGACCUGAUGGGCCUUUAAGAAUCGCACUGCUGGGGCAGAAUGGCGUGGGGAAGUCUUCUCUGGCCAUCGCCCUCGCUGGAGACAUGGACAGAACAGCGUCUGUGGAUUCUGAAGGGGAAGGUUAUGUGCGUACAGUCACCGUGGAUGACGAAGAGAGCACCAUCAUUAUCUAUGACAACUGGAGACAGGACCUGUCGGCUCUGCUGUGUGAGGUGUGUGUCCUGGUGUUUUCGGUGACUGACAGGCGUAGUUUCCACCGCACUGCUCAACUCCGACUUCUCCUGAGGGAGACUCAGCCCCAAACUCCCAUCAUCCUUGUCGGUAAUAAGAGUGACCUUGUUCGCACACGUGAGGUCACCUCUCAAGAGGCCAUGUCCAGCGCCGCCCUCUUCAACUGUCUCUAUCUGGAGAUCUCUGCAUCGCUGGACCACCGUACUCCAGAGCUCCUAGAGUGCGCCGUGCGGCUAGCCAGGGGCGAGUCCCCCUGGCCCCCAGGAACCAGUGCGGAGGACAUGAGUGGGGGAGGCCAACGGGAGAGCAUCACCUCCCGUGCCAAACGUUUCCUGUCCAGCCUGGUGCCCCGGUACCCGCGAGAGCGAGAGGCGGGCAAGUUCAUGAGGCAGAAGUCCCGCUCGUGCCACGACCUGGGGGCGCUGUGAUGGUGCCGUCGCAGGGAGUUUAAUGGUCAGAUUGUUAACAGAGGUAGCUGGAAGUGAUGUAGUAUACCAACAGAGAGAAGAAGAGGGAUACAGUACAAAGAUGUGAGCAACAGAGGAGGUGUGAAGGUGCCAGAGUGACGGCAGGACAAUGUUGUGAAUGAUCAUCGUGUGCAUCCAGCAGAGGAAAACAGGGAGAAUGACUACAAUGUUAGUGAUGAUGUUUAUCCAUAGGAUGAUAUAGAAAUUUUGUACACAAAACUAAAAACAGAAGAAGAUAAAAUACUGUUGUAGAACACAUGUAAAUAAACUGUCGUAGUGAUACAUAACUGCCACCCUCACAGCAUUGAGAGUGAAAUAAAUUGCUUCUAUUGAGGUUGAA